AUGGCUAGCUCACCGACGACAUCGGCGACACCCUCCACCUUCUCAAGCACUCUUCCAGUUUUGCCUGGGACUUAUCCUGAAAGGGCACCUCUCGAUCUUUUUAGAACAGCUGUGGCCAUACACAUUAAUCGUGUCAUACCAGAGCUCUCACUUGAGAAAAUCUUCGAUGGUGUCGACAUUCUGAAGAAAGAAGGGGACUUCUCAGUAGCGAUGCCUCGAUUCCGGCUCCCCGGUGUAAAACCGGAUGUAUCAGCAGCUACCGUGGCAUCUUCAUUCCAACCAGACGAAUACAUAGAAACCGUCAAAGCUGUGGGCCCUUUCUUGUACUUCAAUGCCAGAUUGAGUACGUUUGCACGGAUCGUUUUGCGUACCAUCGAUCGAGAAACCUUUCGAACGCUGGAUGGUGUGCCCCGGUACGGGACCAACGAUAGUGGGAAGGGGAAGAAAGUCUUGAUCGAGUACAGUUCUCCCAAUAUCGCCAAACAAUUCCACAUUGGGCAUUUACGAUCCACCAUUAUUGGGCAAUUUCUGAUUAACUUACAUAAGGCCAAUGGAUGGGAGACAUUAUCCAUGAACUACUUGGGUGACUGGGGAAGACAGUUUGGUCUCAUUGCCGUUGGCUUCGAGAAGUAUGGGUCACAAGAGGAGCUGGAAAAGGACGCCAUUAAGCAUCUUUAUGAUGUUUAUGUGAAAAUAAAUAACGACGCGUCGACGGAUGAGUCCGUUCUAGACAAAGCCCGUGAACAUUUCAGGCAGAUGGAAGACGGUGGCGAGUCAGCCCUCAAACAGUGGCGGAUAUGGAGAGACUACUCCAUCGAAAAAUACCGGGAAGAAUAUGGGCGACUCAACGUUUCCUUUGAUGUGUAUUCUGGCGAAAGUCAAGUCUCCUUGGAAUCCCAAUCGGCGCCACUAGAGCGCUUGGAGAAAAUGGGUCUGAUUUCCGAAGAGAAAGGUGCAAAGUUGGUGGAUCUUACGCAAUGGAAGCUGGAGAAGGCCGUAGUUCGAAAGAAAGACGGAACAUCGAUCUACCUCACACGAGAUAUUGGUGCGGCCAUUGAGCGAUACGAGAAGUACAAAUUCGACAAGAUGAUUUAUGUCGUCGCGUCACAGCAGGACUUGCAUGUUGCCCAGUUCUUCAAGAUACUAAGCCUAUUAGAGUAUCCCUGGGCUGGCCGCCUGCAGCAUGUCAAUUACGGUCUCGUUCUGGGCAUGAGCACUCGGAAAGGAACCGCUGUCUUCCUCGACGACAUCAUCCGGGAGGCAUCCGAAAUUAUGCACGAACAGAUGAAAAAGAACCCAGAUAAAUAUAGCGCUGUCGAAGAUCCCGAAGGCACUAGUCGUGAGAUAGGUAUCACGGCGGUCAAGAUACAGGACAUGGCGGCAAAGCGGAUAAACAACUACAACUUCAAUUGGUCUCGGAUGCUUUCGUUUGAGGGGGACACGGGCCCAUACCUCCAGUAUGCACACGUUCGACUGGCAUCAAUGGCCCGCAAAAACCCGGAACUUCUUCCGCUCCGCACAGCCGAUCCAUCCGACCCAAAAUCUUCUAUCGACAUCGAUACUGAUUCACUCACAGAGCCCAAAGUUCGCGAGAUCUUGAUGUUACUUGCGUCAUAUCCUGACGUCGUUAAGACGGCGAUGGAGAAAUAUGAGCCCAGUGGUGUGGUGACGUUCUGCUUCAGAUUGUCGCAUGCUAUCAGCAGCGCGUGGGAGACGCUUUCAGUUAAAGGUGACACUGACCGGAGUCGGGCAAGCGCCCGGCUCUGGUUAUUCUUGAGUGCGAAGGAGGUCCUAGGCGCGGCAAUGAGAUUGCUCAGUUUGAUGCCACUAGAAAGGAUGUGA